CGUCAAUCGCCAGCCGGCGGUCAGCCGCAGGCAUUCGAGCUCUCCAUCUUUGGUACAGCUUCCUGGCCGACCUCAUUCGUCCGGCAGCCAGACAAGCCGCCGACGCCAUCCUCAAAACAACAACUGCGCCUGCGGCCCUAUCGCGACAGGCCCCUCGGCUCCAUCCCACGGAGCAUUGCUCGCAACCGUCACCAUUCCGCUCUUCGUGUCGCAAACUGGCCCGUCCGCAAACCCGCGCUUCCCCGAGCCCUCCCCGCCUUUACUCCGAAUCCACCGCGGUCUUGAGCCUGGCAAGAUGUCCACCCAGGCCGACUCGAAGAACAGGGAGUUUCUCGCUGUCAUCGGCGAUGAGGACUCUGUUACCGGCCUCCUUCUUGCCGGCAUCGGCCAUGUAACUCCCGCGCCCGAUUCCCAGAAGAACUUCCUGGUAGUGGACAGCAAAACCGAGAAUUCGGCGAUAGAAGCCGCGUUCCAGCGCUUCACGACCGAUCGCAAGGACAUCGGAAUCGUCCUGAUAAACCAGCACAUUGCGGACAGGAUACGGCACAUAGUCGACACGUACACGGCCGCCUUCCCCGCCGUGCUGGAAAUCCCCAGCAAAGACCAUCCUUACGACCCGGAAAAGGACAGCGUCUUGAGGAGGGUGCGCCGCCUCUUUGGCGAGUAAGGAAAGGCGUCGGGUGACAGCUGCUGGAACAUGCAAUGUUUGACAGCUGAGCAUCUGGAGUACUUGGCUCGAAUCUGACGUGUGAUUACAUUGCAACCUAGCACAUCUCCGCAAAGGGUAUAUUGAUCGAAUUGGAAAAUGCUGUAUGCUAAACAUAACCAUAUACAUGACCAUACGCCUGUAUGCGGCUGGGCGCAAGUCGCAUGGGUCUACCGGGGCAAAGAAUGACGUUGUCAGGAACAACGAAGAAAGAGAAGAAAACAAUCAAAACAACAGUAUCCUCAAGUUUCCAUGACAUAGAUGCGACAAGCUAUGCGGAGCCGGUGCGAGAGCCCUCCGCAACCGCCCCAAGACUA